CUCAGCUCCUUGCACUGCACUCAGGCUUCCAGCCCCAUCCCCACCACCAGCCCAGGAACAAGCCAUCUCUACCAGGAACAGCCAGAGCCAUCCAUCCACCUGGAACCUCAGCCAUGCAGUCUGCCGAGACCAACACCAAGCUGAACCGGGGUUGCCUGCUCCUGGCUCUGAGGCGAUACAGCGCUGCCGUCCACAACAUGGAACAGACUGUCCUCCUCCCCAGCUUGCUCAGAGAUGUGGAGUCAGACUCCGAUGAAGAAGACGACCGUUUCCAGGACUGUCGCUCUGCAGCCGAAAGCUCCUGUAAAGACCUCUAUGACUACUACCUGAUGCUGAAGGCCGUCAGGAACGCAGUGGAGAGCGGACUGGUCCAGCUGGAUGACCGCAAGGCGAAGACCCAGAACCACCUGUCCCUGAGUAAGACCCUGGAGCCCAUGCUGGAGGCUGACCCAGAGGCCCUGUUCCACUUCCACCUCAGGGGACUGUUCUCUGUCAUGGGAAACCUCACCAAGAAGUCCCAGGGCGUCACGACCAAGUACAUGGACAUCAUUGGAAUAAUGCAUUAGAAUAACUAGGCUCAGGUUAACUCCAAAUCGACAAAACAAAACAAGCAAUACAUUUUGGGCCUUGAACAUAACUAAGAUUUACAACUGUCAAAGCUGUUUACACAUACUGUCAAUAACACCAAGUUGUGUAUAAAAUUGAAUAAAGGUGCUUUAUCAUAA